UUUGGAGUUUUAUAAACAUCGUUGUUAGCAACUUAAUUAGUUCGUCCUCCACACCUUGUCCCAAGGCGAAGUUGCAUUCCAUCUUUCUCUUUUCUUUCUAUUAUACCUUAAUCCUCCUUCCUCUUCAUCUUCUUCUUCACACUCUUCCUCUCUCUCUCUCUUUCCUAAAAUCAAAUUUCAACAGUCUUAAUAGAUCGUCAAAACUUGGGACCCAAGUGAAAAUGAAGAAAGUGGUGGUGAAGUUGGAUUUGCACGAUGACAAAGCAAAGCAGAAGGCCAUGAAAACGGUUUCUAGCCUUUCAGGCAUUGAUUCCAUCGCCAUGGACAUGAAGGAUAAGAAGAUGACUAUAGUGGGUGAUGUAGACCCCGUCGAUGUGGUGAGCAAAUUGAGAAAAACUUGGCGCACAGAAAUUUUAUCAGUUGGGCCGGCAAAAGAGCCAGAGAAGAAGAAAGAUGAAGGAAAGAAAGACGAGGGUAAAAAAGAUGAUAAUAAGAAAAAAGAUGAUGAUAAGAAGAAAGACCAAAAUGAACAAAUUGCCGAACUUGUUAAGCUCUAUAGAGGAUACAAUCCCCACAUGACUACAUACUAUUAUGCUCAGAGUGCAGAAGAGAACCCAAAUGCUUGUGCAAUAUGUUGAGACUGAUGCUUGAGAAGAAGACAAUUGGUGUUUAUUGGUGGAUUCUAUAGCACAAGAGAUGAACCAAAGUGGGCUAUGCUUCCGUGUAAAGUAUAAAUUGAGGGUAUUAAAAUAAGCUCUAAAGGUUUUUGAAUGAAUAAAUUUAUGUGUGAAGUGUGGAUAUCUCUAGGACAUGGUCAUUGUGGUAUGCGUUACUGUUACAUGUUUCCCAUUUAAAAUUUUGGUUAUACUUGUCAACUUGAUGACUUACUUUAUUAUGUAUAGUAUAUAUAGACCUCUGAAUGAGUCUAAUAUUUUGAAGCGUCU